UUGACAGCUGAAAAGUCGCUUCGCAACCAUUUGACAGCCACUCGUCCUUUGCACCGCUGUCGAGUUUGCCCAUUUGCUGUGCGAGUGAAAAAAUAAUAUCCAACACACUGCCUUUGAUUUAUUUUUCGAGAGCGUUCUGUGCUGCACCAGGUGAAGCAUCUGCCCGAACACCAUACAACAAACCGCAGUCGUUUGCUUUGCAUCUCACAAGCGUGUAAAAUCGUGCUUCGGAAAUGGCUGUCGUGCAGCAGGCUGGCAAUUUGCCACCAAUGGCGUCAAACUCCGAGAAGGUGUUCCAGUGGAUAAACGAGCUGUCCAAUCCGGAAUCGCGCGAGACGGCCCUGCUCGAGCUGAGCAAGAAGCGGGAAUCCGUCGCCGAUCUGGCCCCGAUGCUGUGGCACAGCUUCGGCACGACGGCCGCCCUGCUGCAGGAGAUCAUCCACAUCUACCCGUCCAUCAAUCCGGCCACCCUGACCGCGCACCAGUCGAACCGGGUGUGCAAUGCGCUGGCCCUGCUGCAGUGUGUCGCCUCCCAUCCGGAGACGCGCUCCGCCUUCCUGGCCGCCCACAUUCCGCUCUUCCUGUAUCCGUUCCUGCACACGACCUCCAAGACGCGCCCCUUCGAGUACCUGCGGCUGACGUCGCUCGGUGUCAUCGGUGCGCUGGUGAAGACCGACGAACAGGAAGUGAUCACGUUUCUGCUGACGACGGAAAUCAUUCCACUGUGCCUGCGCAUCAUGGAGGCCGGAUCGGAGCUGAGCAAAACGGUGGCCACCUUCAUACUGCAGAAGAUACUGCUGGACGACAGUGGGCUGUCGUACAUCUGCCACACGUACGAUCGGUUCUCACACGUCGCCAUCAUUUUGGGCAAGAUGGUGAUAUCGUUAUCCAAGGAACCUUCGGCACGGCUGUUGAAGCAUGUCGUACGCUGCUACCUGCGACUUUCGGACAAUCCACGCGCCCGAGAAGCGUUACGCCAGUGCCUGCCGGAUCAGCUGCGCGACGGUACGUUCACCGCCUGUCUGCAGGAGGAUAAAUCCACCAAGCACUGGCUGACGAUGCUGUUGAAGAAUCUGGACACACCGGCCGGUCCCGUUACCGAUCCGCGCCAGGUUGGCAUCGCUCCGCUUACCUCGUAGAGGGCGACCGGCGGUGCUGGAAAUUUCAUACUUCAAGGGCUGUAACCGUGCAACCAGUGCCAGCGUUGACGGCACAGGCAACGGAAGCGGGCCAGAGGGGAGCGGCCGCCCAUCAGCUUCCAUUGUCCGUGAGUGUGUGCGUGUGUAUUUUUCUUUCCCAAACCUUUUUUGUUUUGUUAAUAAGCUGCCAGCUGCGCGUAAAAAACGGUAGCACCAGCUGUCCCUUUUAGGAUUAGUCGCUCGAUCGAACCGCGCUCGUGUCCCACAUUACCACCCGAUUUGUUCCUCCAGGCUAUUUUGCGAAGCGAAGCUGUAGAGCGAAGCAAAAAAAAAAAAGAGGGACGAGCGAUAAAAGCUAAGACGAGCUAACCUCUCACCCCUAUUAAGAUGUACAGGCAAUUUUUAAGACAAAAUCCCAUUUGUAACGAAGCAACAAAACAGGCAACAAAAGAAAACAAAUGU